AUGCGUUCGUCAUGCGUUGAUGAAUGGGGUCGGCGGAUCCCAGUGAGUAGUGGCUGGUGGGUACUGCGUACUACUACUACUACUACUACUACUACUACUACUACUACUACUACUACUACUACUACUACUACUACUACUACUACUACUACUACUACUACUACUACUACUACUACUACUACUACUACUACUACUACUACUACUACUACUACUACUACUACUACUACUACUACUACUACUACUACUACUACUACUACUACUACUACUACUACUACUACUACUACUACUAAUAAUAAUAAUAAUAAUAAUAAUAAUAAUAAUAAUAAUAUAAGCCAUGAUUUCUAUUCUCAUCAGAUGACUAAUCACUAA